AUGCGCCUCAUCAAGUCCCAUAAAGAGAGCACGGCCGCGACUCGACCGAGACCACGCGACGGCACAGAGCCCUCCUCCGCAGUUUCAGCUGGACGGAAGCUCACCAACCCCAUCAAGAGCUUUCUCAAGCACAAAAUUUCUAGCACGGGGCUGGGGUCCACAGGCUCUGUGAAAACGAAACCCACGCCCAUCGUGUCGCGCAUCGCAAGCUCGCCGGACCUGGAAAUUGACAGAGAGCUGAAGAAUCCGACAAUUUUCGGCAAAAAGACUCACGACUGGAGUGCCGACGCCAGUCCUAGGUCGCUGGUCUAUGCGUUCGACAAACCAGAGUUCAGUGCGCAGGUGACGCCAGAGACUUCGAAAGAGGACGAGGAGUCUUUAAAGCUGAACGCAGAGUCGACGGACGAUUUCUCCAUCGUCGUGUUGAAACGACGGGAGGAGUCACAAUCGGACCCCAGCUCGAGCUCGAGCUCGUCGCACUUCUCGUUUGAAGGCACUGGCAGGAACGCAUCGCUCAAAUACUACAAAUCCUACGACCAAGUGAAGUACGAGGAGAUGAAGGCGCAACUCAAACAAAACCAGGACCACUUCAAGGAGUUUAUAAACGACACAGAGUCGCUCAACGACUUGCAGGAAGACAUGAAUUUCUACGACGGCGAAGAAAUGGACGAUUCGGAGGACCUGUUCAACCGAAAACUGUUUUCAAGCGAUGAGGAGGCAGACGACUAUGAGAAUUUCGACAGCCAGAAAAGAGACACCUCAGAACAAUUAUUGACAUUAAAUGGACAAUACUCUUUCCUUUCGGACCAGGAAGUCACCAUUGACGACCUGAGUCCGCAAUUGAUGGCUACAGACCCGUCGUCGUCCGACAUUCAGGACCUGGUGACCCGGUUUCGCUCCAGCAGCAUCAAGUACCACCAACUUAAGUCCAGCGACCGCGACGAGCUGGAGUUCCUGAACCAGCGAUAUUCAUGGUACCCCGACGACGAGUUGCCGAAAAGAGAGGCGCUGGACUCGCUGCUGGACGAGAUCAACGAGAUACCGGAAGAUUUCGAUUUCGAGAGCGAACGUUCGUUGCCACAACGCACGGUUUCGCCAGUUAUGCGAAAACAACGACGUAAACAACUGCUGAAGUCAAGGACGAAAUUCAAUUAUGCCGGCACGCCUAAUCCUUCAAACGACCGCAUCGAAACCAGCAACAGGACAAUCACGCUUUUCAAACCCGUGUCGCGUUCAAAUAGCCAAGAAUACCAUAAUCACGACAAACCGCUACCCCAGCAUCCUGUGGAAGUGAGUGCCAGUGAAGAGUACACGGACGAGCUCGAAGAUAGUACUGAGAUGGCAGGCUUAUCGACACCGAUCCAGCUGCAUGGUUUUGGGCCCAAAAGCGACUCUCCAUUGACCACUAUUAGCGAGGCGUCUUACGAUAGUGCGGCUGCACGCUCGCCAUUACGCUGA